GGUAAGUUGGAGGUAGCUGCAAAGUUGGGCCUUCGUCUGGGGAAGGUAGCACAGAACCCCACCAAAAAUUUCUAACGGUUAGACAGGGCAAAUCGAGCUCAGGUGCUUUACAACUUUACAACUGACAACAAACAAAUAAUUUUAAACCCAAGACAAAUAAAGUCGAAUCAGUCAACUUGAACUUUCGAUUAACGAGUUAGGCAUCUACCGAAUAGUAACUUCAUCGACGAAUUCACUUGAAGGCCCCUUGGAAGUAGCAAAGGAAGAGGGAAGAUAGAGAAGGUUUAAACGGAAAAAAAGAAAAAAGAAAAGAAAAGAAAAAUGCCCCUCGACACAUCAACCUAUAACCUCGCGCUCCUGCGCAUCGACGGCCGCCGAUGGAAUGAGCUGCGCCAAUUACGCGGCCAGAUCCGGACGCAAGCCGCGGCUGACGGAUCCUCGUACCUCGAAAUGGGCAACACGAAAAUCAUGUGCGUGGUUACCGGCCCCAGCGAAGACGGUAAGCGACGCAACCAAGGCGCCUCCUCUGCCUCCGCCGCUAGUUCCGGCUCGUCGACUUCCGCUUCGGCGACCAAUGCUGCGGAUAUAUUGGUUAGUGUUGUUGUCGGCGGGUUUAGUACAGUGGAUAGGAAAAAGAGAGCAAGGAGCGAUAAGCGCAUCCAAGAACUCCAAGCUACCCUCGCCAAAUCCCUCGCCGCGGUCCUACAUACGCACUUAUUCCCGCGCUCUACUAUAUCACUAUCCCUACACAUCCUGUCGCAAGACGGCAGCCUUCUGGCCUGCCUCAUCAACGCCGCGACUCUCGCGCUCGUCGAUGCCGGCGUGCCUAUGACAGAUUACUUAGUCGCUUGCAGCGCGGGCAGCACAUCCUCGCACUCGGCGGCUGACGAGAGCGCGGACCCGCUUAUUGACUUAAACAACCAGGAAGAACAAGAAUUGCCGUUUUUGACGGUCGGCACUCUGGGCGCUACUGACAAGGUCUCCGUACUUGUCUGCGAGAGCAGAGUCCAGGUUAGUAGGUUGGAGGGAAUGAUGGUCGCGGCGGCGGACGGUUGUGCGAAUAUACGCGCGUAUCUGGACUCGGUUGUGAGGGAUAAGGGACGUAGGAUGGUAGCUGAAGGGGCGGUAGAGAAGGGCGCCAGUAUGGCUAUGGAUAUUGAUGUUUAGGUUCCGUUGAAGGAGGCCGGUUAAUAGAAUGAGGAGAGAAUUACGAGGGAGUCUGGAUUGGCGGUAUAGGAUAUGACAGGUGUUCAGGUUGGAGGCUCAUUUACUCGCGGG